CCACGUCAGCAGGCCACGACAGUUGCAGUGCCACGUCAGUUACAGGGUCACGACAGUGCAGUAUCACUUCAGCCGUGCCACGUCAGCAGUACCGCGUCAUCAACACCGUACAGCUAACUGCAGCUUAUGCUCCGACGCAGCAACCGCAUCGCAGCACAAGAAGGGCAGGCAGCCGCAGCAGAACAGCAGCUACCUAUGUCCCACCCCUCUGACAUGGACACCCAGGGCAACCCCACGGUGGGCAAUGCCGCAUCCGGCAGUCCACGGGAGGCCUGCAGCUCGAACCCCCCGGCCCCACAGGCCCAGCAGGAGGGUUCCACUGCGACUUCUGCGGGAACCCUCGACGCUGCACCAGUCCGGCAGCAAGGAGAGACCAUGACGGCCUUCCUGGCCCGCCUGGGCACCUACAUGCAGCAGGUCCAAGAGGAACAUCAACGUGAGGCGGCAGCCGAAGCGGCACGCCUCAAUGCCAUUGCACGCGCAGAAGAGCAACGACGCCGGCAGCAAGCUGACGCAGCUGCCAACCACAACCAAGCCCCAAGAGAUGCUGCAUCUGUCCUCAUGCAGCAAGAAGCCACUCAUACCGCCGCACUCCAAGCAUGGCAUGUUGAUCCAGCGGAAACGACGGAACCAAGUACGGAGGACCAGACUAAGUCAGCUCUCGCCAGCAUGAUGCACCAAGUCAUCCUCACUUGUAACUGGCAACAAGUGGAGCUGGCUCGGCAGGCACGUACCAUCACUGAGUACGAGGAGACUCUCAAGAGCCUCCACGCCCGCCUUGACGUGCUGGAGAAGGAUGACGUGCCGCACAGGCACACGGCAUCGUCAAACAUCGAUCCAUCGAUCCGCGAGCUGGAAGAACGAAUGGAUCACCUAUUCAGCAUCGACAAGUUUGAUGACUACCACAAGGCGGACCCCAUCAGUUGGUGGCAAGGGUUCACCAAUGAGCUCUCCAUCCACUCGGUCCCGUCAGAAUCGAAGAUCUCAGCACUUUACCUUUGCAGCACCGGUGCCAGCCAAGUGUGGCUCAACCACCUGGCUCAAACUGAAGGCGUCGAAGUCUUCAAGCUUUACACCAAGAUCACUUGGGACGCCAUGACCGAGAAGUGGCGGAAACGCUUCAUCGUCGACGACGCUCAAGGCAAAGGCGUGAACCGGAUCUUCAGCAUGCAUCAAGGCAGCCAGCCAACACGCGAAUGGCUAACCGAGUGGCAGAAAAUCGUGACGAUUCCGCAUUUGGACAUCCCAUUCGUACAUCUUCGUCGCGAAUUCUUCCAGCGGUCAGUUGACACGUUGAGCACGACCCUUAGGGAGCGCAGCCUGUACACGGACUUCGACCAGAUCGUGGAGAAGGCACGCGAACAAAGAAGACGUCCGUCCACGGCAAAGCUCGGGAAACUGAGCUUCGCGGGAAGUGAGGCAACUCCACUUCCUACUCCGUCGGACACGGUUGCCUUGCUAACAACCUCCUCCACGUCCGGGGAACAUGCGUAUGUCGCCAGUCUUCGCGAAGAUUAUGAAGACUAUGCUGUCCAGCUGGUCCCGCCGUUGGACCAACCUCUCCACGUGCAAGAGUCUUAUGCGUGCGCGACUUCAUCACCAUCACCAAGUGAACCAGCAUCCUCGCCAACAUCACUCGGGGACUCAUCGGUGUGGUCUAGACUUGAGGAACUCAACCCAUUGACACCGGAGGACUUCCAAUGGUUGCCUCUUCCCCCAUCUGGUUCCUUGCUGAAGCCGCAUUGCAACGCCCUAAUGGCGGAGCUACGCAACUACUUGCAUCCUGCAGUACCAGCUCCGUUGAUUGAAGACGGAGUAGCGGUUGUUGAUCUUUGUGAGUACAUUGCGAAGAUUGACCACAAGUACGCCACGCAACGCGAGGACCACCCGGUGAACUUCUACUGCCGCACCGUUCACGUUCGUGACCGGAACGGGGUACUUGUGCCAUGUACGGUCCCCCCACCUCAUCCUUCGAUUAGUUGUCACGUGGUCUCCGCAGCAAGCAUUUGCAACUCCAUCGCACAGAACGACGUGGAGGAAAUGGGCAUUUGUUUCUUGCACGCCCUCCCUCCUCCCGACGAGCCAGCGACGGAACAGCCACCGGAUCCACGCAUUGUACAGCUUCUUGACUCCUAUGGCGACGUCUUUGAAGCCCCCGCCGGAAUCGUACCGAAUCGGCCAAUUCGUCACGAGAUCAUCCUCGAAGACGGGGCUGUACCUCCGCGCGGAUGUAUUUACCGCAUGAACGAGGAGAAACUCGAAGUGCUUCGAACGCAACUCGAUGACCUCAUUGACAAGGGCUGGAUUCGCCCUAGCUGCUCGCCCUACGGUGCGCCUGUUCUCUUCGUUCGGAAGAAGAACAAGGAGCUACGCUUAUGCAUUGACUAUCACAAGCUUAAUGCUCAAACCAUUAAGAAUGUCGGCCCGCUCCCACGCAUCGACGAUCUUGUCGAACGCUUGGGCGGCGCCAAGUAUUUCUCCAAGUUGGACCUCAAGGCCGGUUACCACCAGCUCGAGAUCCAUCCAAGGGAUAGGUACAGAACCGCGUUCAAGACACGGUACAAGCACUUCGAGUGGGUCGUAAUGCCAUUCGGCCUCAUGAAUGCCCCGGCCACCUUCCAAGCGGCAAUGACAACGGAGUUUCGCGACAUGUUGGUGUAUAGCCGAACUUUGGACGAGCACGUCGUGCAUCUACGUGCUGUUUUGGACAGGCUACGUACGGCCAAGUACAAGGCCAACCGAGCCAAGUGCGAAUUCGCACAGCAAGAGCUCGAGUACUUGGGCCACUUUGUGACGCCGCAAGGCAUCAGUCCGCUUGCGGACAAGAUCAAGGCCAUUCAGGAUUGGCGAUUGGCAGGAACCGACGAACACCACGAAGGUUCGCUCUUUUAUGGGAUUGGUCGGGUACUAUCAACGCUUCAUCGGAGGAUACGCACGGAUCGUCGCACCUUGUCCAGAUUGCAGUCUCCACAGGUGCCCUUCCAGUUCACCGCUGAAGUCCGCAGUUCGUUCCACAAAUUGAAGACGGUGUUGCUCUUCGCUCCCGUCUUGAGUAUCUACGAUCCCACCUUGCCUACGAGAGUGACUAUGGACGCUUCCGGCUACGGCAUGGGUGCAGUUUUGGAACAACAUGACAGAGUAGAUUGGCAUCCGGUUUAGUACUUCAGCCAAAAGGUGCCUCCCAUCA